AUGACUGAUGUCGGUACACCCUUUCACAUCCUACGCAAGACAAGGUUCACGCAGUGCCGAACAGCCUAUAACACCAUCAGGAAUGCGCUACUAGGUCUACAAAACCGCCCAGUUUACGUUACAGAGGCAUUCGAGUUGCAUAGGAGGAAAAGACACCUUAUCGCAAUCAAAAAGGCACUCAGCAGUAGAAGGAACUCCAAGAAGGGACCCUUCCAUAGGUUACUGCCUCCACAUCCAUAUUCAAAUCUAUUCGGAGAUCCGACGUAUUAUUCCAACAAUGAGCUGUGCCGUACCUGUGUUAUGGCUUCGACAAUGCGCCUUGCGGAUCGCACUUUUUGGUGGCAGAUCAGUGAGAAAAUCAGGAAGGUCAGAGAUGUCAUGAACAUCGGCGACCUUUUGCGCUGCUUGGUGAGCCUAUCAACCGUGAGAUAUUUCGACGUCGACCUGCUGCGGAUUACAGCCAGAGAGUUUGUUGAUGACAUGGACAAGCUGACACUGAAGGAAAUCGCACAACUAUUGCAAUGCUACGUGCGGGCAAACGUGUACUCUGUUGACCUGGUGAAUGCCGCAGGGGAUGAUGUCGCUGGACGGCUGAUGAAAAUGGUGAGCGGCGACAUACAGGCAGAUGGUCCUCGAGACGGCCACAUCAGCAAUAAGGGCGAGGACGACUCGAAAUGGGCCCAGGAGACUUUAGGACUCUUGGCAAAAUCCUUCAGAUCCUUCAACUAUCAGAACCGAGAUCUGUAUCUUUCCAUAGCGUACCUGACUAUUAAGAAUUGGGGGCACCUCGACCUCUAUGGAAAAUGCGCGACGUUUGCCAACUUGGACCAUAGGAACUUUCGGUCUCAACCAAACAAUGAAUCUAACGCCGUCUCAGCGGAAAGCGGUGAGGAGAUAUCACGAGAAACUACGCUAGCAUUAUUAAGGCAGCUCACUCAUUUCCCCGAUGGUUUCCACCUCAAACGCCUGGACAGCAUCACGGAUGAUGUCGACUUCGACGACAUGGUGCCCUCAGCUCCCGAAUCCAUCCAAGAAGAUUACGUUAAAGCGCUGCACGCUUUGUGUUGUGCUGUCAGUGCAGUUAAUAAUCUCGCGAAGGUAAUCUGCCGCAUUGUUGACAACGCCGCCUUUGUACGUGACAGCGUAGAAGCGGAAAACGUGGAAACCAUUAUUGACUCUAUGAUGGAGAAGAUGGCCGCCAUUUCUGCAAAACUUAAGCAUUUCUGGCGGGAGUUGGAAGCAGCAUACAAUACAAUGGAGCGCAAGCAGGUGGCAUUCGCCACUGAAGAUUACACUGAUAUAUCGCAAAACGGGGGCAUUAAAACUUGUCCUUAUAUCAACGCAGCGCAACACGUAUUUAUCGAUGCCGCAAUGAAGAGCGUGUGCGCCGUUAACGCUGCCAUCCGUUUUAAGGUUAACGCCGUAGGUGCGGAAGGGCGAUCAGUUUCGAGCAGCGAAUUUUGUUUCGCUGUAGAAGACGCCAAUGUUCAUUCGGAGCUAUACCACUACGUGGAUACAAUCGAUUUAAGUCCCAGCGAGAUGGCCGUGGUGGGUCAUUGGAUGGAUACCAUAGAGACAUACGGCUGCUCAUCACAGGAGCCCGAACUGCUGGCGUGUGCCUUGGAAACGCUGGGCGUCAUGCCAUGCGUAGAUUCACAGAAGCUGCCACUAUCCAUGGCGCGUCUUCAGGGGGUUCACGAUAUCGUGGCUCUGGAGGCGGUGAAGCAUCUGGUGAACAUAGGAGAAGACGGGCGUUACCGUAUCUUGCUUGCUCUACGACUAGGAAAGAUUACUCCCAACGCCUAUCUGGAACAUGCGUUGCAAAGCUUCACCAAGUAUUUGCGUAAGAACAAAUGUAACGUGAAGCUCCCUCUGGCAUCACCAUUUCGGUUGCUGUUGGAAGAGCGUAUGGUACCCGUGUCGCGUUUAACGCAGCAGACAGAAUCGGAAACGAAUGUUGGCGCAUAA